AUGUUAUGUAUGUCUAUCUCUUUUCCAGAAACAGUUAAAAGGAAAAUGAAGCCCACCAUCUCCUUGUGUUUAUUGCUGGCUGGUUUGCACGCUGUUGCCCAGUGUCAUCAGCAUCCUCGCUACCGCAAUAAGCAGGGUGAUCCAAAACAGCCAUAUUACCCAGGACACAGUUCUCAUGGGGAAGAAGUUUAUCCAGCUAAGAAUAAAACCUUUGUCAAAUUAGUUCCCAGCAAUGCUGACUUUGCGUUUUCAUUUUACAAGCUGGUCGCAUCCGAAGCAACCGAUCAAAAUAUUUUCUUUUCACCCAUAAGCAUCUCUGCUUCCUUUGCAAUGCUGGCACUCGGUGCCAAGUCAGAGACACUGACGCAGAUUCUGGAAGGGCUUGCUUUUAACCUGAAAAAGACUCAGGAGCAGGAAAUACAUGAAGGUUUUUGUCAGCUUCUCCACUUGCUAAACGAGCUCCAGCUGAGCCUGGGCAAUGCCCUUUUUAUAGAUGAGACACUAAAACCACUACAGAAGUUCUUGGAUGAUGUCAAAAGCUUUUAUGAAUCUGAAGUCUUUUCUACUGACUUUAACAACUCCUCUGGCGCUGAGAAUCAGAUCAACAGUUAUAUUGAGGAAAAGACAAAUGGGAAAAUUGUCAAACUAGUGGAAAAUCUGGAUCCUCUCACUGCAAUGGUUCUUGUUAACUAUGUCUUCUUUAAAGCCCAUUGGGAAAAACCCUUCAGUACUUUAUAUACAAAACAGGAGGAUUUUUUUGUGGAUCAGAAAACAUCUGUAAAAGUUGACAUGAUGUAUCGAAAGGGUUACUACAGAAAUUACUUUGACGAAGAGCUGUCCUGUUGGCUGGUUCAGAUACCUUACAAUGGAAAUGCUGCAGCAUUAUUUGUUUUGCCGGAUGAAGGGAAGAUGAAGCAGGUGGAAGAUACUCUUUUGAAAAGGACUGUGUCUAAAUGGGAAAAGUUUCUUCAAGACAGAAAAAUACAUCUGCACAUUCCAAAGUUUUCUAUUUCUGGUACCUACGAUGUGAAAAGGAUAGUCAAACAAGUGGGUAUGAUUGAUCUGUUCACUGAACAAGCUGAUCUGUCAGGAAUUACUGAGGAGCCUGGACUGAUGGUUUCAAAAGUGAUCCACAGAGCUGUGCUGAAUGUUCAUGAGAAUGGCACUGAAGCAGUGGGGACCACAGUGAAGGAGCUUACCUGGAGAUCUGGUGACUUUCCUCAUCCACCUCGAGUCAAAUUCAACAGGCCCUUUCUCCUGAUGAUUCUGGAUAAAUAUACCCGCACCAUUCUCUUCAUAGGGAAAAUCGUAAACCCUCUGAAAAAUGUCUGACUGACCAG